CAACACUGCUGCCAAAGGUGGAAAGAGAGUUAUGGGCGCAACGAAGCGCAUGAGCAAUGGCGAGGCCAAACUGAUCGGGCCUCACCCGUCUGUCAUCCAUGUCGCAGCGCAGUACAUGAGCCACGAGGCUAUUGAAAAGAAGCUGUUCGCUCACAUCGUCGACAAUCCGCAGGACCGCUCCUCGGCCGAGGCUCGCGAGGACAGUAUCCGACUUCAAGGCGUCACUUGGAUCGACCAGACCCGUCGCGCGCUGUCUCUGCCGAUUCGCACAUACACAACGGCAUGCUCUUAUUACCAUCACUUUCGUCUAGCCAAUCCAGGCGUGGCCGAUCAAGCAUGGGCAGACACUGCAGCGGCAGCCCUUCUGCUGGCAUGCAAAGCGGAGGAUACACUCAAGAAGAGCAGAGACAUUCUGGCCGCAGCCUACAAUCUCAAGACGCACGACAAUCUGAGCUCAGACGAUGUGGUCUUUGACAUGCCCAGUAAAGCUGUCAUAGGUCUCGAGCGUAUGAUGCUCGAGGCUUCUGGGUUCGACUUCCGUGCCAAGUACCCGCAUGACUUCAUGACGAAGCUCGGUAAGAGCCUGGCCCAAACGAACGUCGACCCCGAAGGUACAAGAAGCGUUGCUCGUCUCGCCUGGACGGUACUGACAGACUUGUACCGCACCUUUGCUCCACUCAAGCAGACGACCCAGACCAUGGCUCUUGCUGCUUUGGAAUUGGCUGCACAACUAACUGCGGCGACCAGCGAUAGUGGGGAGUGCGCCAUACGUGACCAGAUCCACAGCUUCAACUACCAGAAGGCGAACACCUCAAGGGGAGAGGUCAUGGAAACGCUGCUUGACUUGCUCGACCUUUACACUCAUCAUACCGCCGGCAGCAUUCUCGGCACCAAGUACAGCCUGGAACACUUCCUCCGCAUCCGCCUAGGGCUCAACAAGGAGAGCGAAGAGAAUGCCUUACUCCGCCAUACGCAGGCGAAAGGCAAGGUAGAAAAUGGCGAACAAGGGCCGACGCUGAAAGUGGCAAACGGCCACCCGACCCCGGUCUCACCGCCGCAGGCCGGUACGCAAGCUCAACAACAGCCCGCUGCAGGUCUGCAAUAUCCACCGGUACCCGAAGGCGGAGGCACACUUCGCUUUAUGCUGAACCCGCAGCUUGUAGCUGAGGAGAAGACGGAAGUGCAGAAGUACUUCAAGGAGGAGUGGGAGGAGUAUGACGAAGAGAUCGAAGUACCAUUGCCGAGAACGCGAUCGAAGUCGCGUGAUCUUGCAAGCAACCGGGACCGAGACAGAGAUCGAGACGACAGAACGAAAGACCGAGCCACCGAUAGGGAGCGCGACAGAAUGCCGGAGAGGGAGCGCGACAGAGCACGGGACCGAGAGCCGGAAAGGGCUCGUGAUCGGGCGCGCGAUAGCGGUAGAGAGAGGGAUUGGGAGCGCGAAAAUGGCAGGCACGAUGCAAGACCUAGCGGAAGAGAUCGUGAGCGCGAUCGUGAAUGGCGGUACGACGAUCGUAGGUAUGAAGACGACAGAUAUGACCGGAGGGACGGUAGGAGAUACGACGAAUAUGACCGUCGCCGAGAUAGACGCUAGGCAAGCCCGGAUGAAUGCGGCACAGUUAAAAAAAUUGCGCCGCAACAGGGUUCGUGUUGCGGAUUGAAUCACCACUCGGCUCGACUACGGUUCACACCAUUGCGACGGAAACAUCGGUAAAGCACAAACUGAUGGGAAAGCGUUUGGUCUUCGCUCCUCGGGCUCGUGGAAGGAAUGAUGGGGCCAAGAUGCCAAGGCGAACCUACAAUCCUGUGCCAAUUGAUCGGCGCAUGGCUUGCUCGUGAACCUCGUCGCUGCGCCACCCGUCCAUCGUUUCGAUCAAUGGUCGCCGUGCACACAUGUUUAGGCACUGCCACCGAAAGCAGUAUAUAAGAAGCUGAAGGUAAGCUUUCUUCUUAUUCAUUCCAACUCCUAC